AUGGCAGGUGGGGUAGAAGCUGAGUGGAUUGUGUUUGUUUAUAUGAGUACUAUGAAAAUAGAAAGGGAGCAACAAUGGGGAAUUUUGAUGGAGGAUAAAAGGAAUUGGGGCGAAAAUUGGGUUAUUCUGGGUGACUGGAAUGACCUUAGUUGUCGCGAGGAGAAGAAUGGGGGCUUAGUGCGAUCAGAGAGAAGUUUUCAGGGGUUUAAUAAUAUUAUUGGGCAGAUGGGUAUGUUUAUGUUGAGAAUGGAGGGUUAUAAAUUCACGUGGGGUAAUAAUAGAAAGGACGAGGGAUUUGUGGAAGAGGUUUUAGAUAAAGCGUUCGCUUCCUUGAGUUGGCUGAAUAAUCACCCUCAUGCAUCUGUCAAAUGUGUGUUGAGAAGUGCUUCUGAUCAUGCAUUGUUGGUCUUAGAAUAUGGAAAAAAAUCCGGGGUGUCGGAGAAGAAGAUUUAUAUUCAAUAA